CCUACCAUCUAGGGGAGGGGGUAAAGGGAGGGAAGGGAAAAAUCUGAACAGAAGUGAAUGCAAGAAAUAAUGUUGUAAAAAAUUAUACUUUGAAAAUAGGUAAUUCAAGCUCUACUUCAGAAAAUUGAUUAUUCAUGCUCCUAUACUCUUGCCAAAGAGAUAAUAGAGGGGGAAAAUGUGCACAUCUGUGAGAUGUGCAUUUUAAACAUGACCAAUGUAUGAAUUCAUUUUUGCAUUAUUGCAUGUAUCUGUUACCAAAAAAGGGCUUCUAUUUAUUUUGCGGAGGGUAGUUAAGUGGGGGAGUAAAGGAGUAGUGAUAAUAUUUAGAAAAGGAAAAAAAUGUCAGUGAAAUACUAAAAUAUACAAUACAGAGAAGCAAGUAUAGUAGUGUUGAAAAAAUUGUUUUAAAUUUAAUAUAUACUUCAAAAGAAUCUGCCCAGAGCAAUUUUUAUUUGUCUAACAGUGAAAAUGACCAAAUCUGUUGAUUUGUCAAAUUCAAAAUAAAUUUUUUAAAUUAAAAAAAAGGGUAAUUUUUCAACAUUUCCCAGUGUUCUUUUUCUGGAUGUAUCUGGUUCUGUUCAUUACAGAUCAAUUGGAACUGGUUUGAAUCUUCUCAUUGUUGAAGAGAGCCAUGUCCAUCAGAAUUGAUCAUCAUAUAGUCUUGUUGUUGCCAUAUAUAAUGAUCUCCUGGUUCUGCUCCUUUCACUCAGCAUCAAUGCAUGUAAGUCUCUCCAGGCCUCCCUGACAUCAUCCUGCUCGUUGUUUCUUACAGAACAAUAAUAUUCCAUAAGAUUCAUAUACCACAAUUUACUCAGCCACUUUCUAAUUGAUGGGCAUCCAUUCAUUUUCCAGUUUCUGGCCACUACAAAAAGGGCUGCCAAAAACAUUUUUGCACAUACGGGUCUCUUUCCUUCCUUUAAGAUCUCUUUGGGCUAUAAGCCCAAUAAUAACACUGCUGGAUCAAAGGGUAUGCACAGUUUGAUAACUUUUUGAGCAUAAUUCCAAAUUGAUCUUCAGAAUGGUUGGAUUCGUUCACAACUCCACCAACAAUGUAUCUGUUAUCAAUGUCCCAGUUUUCCUACAUCUCCAACAUUUGUCAUCAUCUUUUCCUGUCAUCUUAGCCAAUCUGAGAAGUGUGUAGUGGUAUCUCAGAGUUGUCUUAACUUGAAUUUUUCAGAGUUGUUUUAAUUUACAUUUCUAUAAUCAGUAGUGAUUUAAAGCAUUUUUUCUUUUUUCUUUUUUUAAAUAAUUUAUUUAUUUAAUAACUUUUUAUUGACAGAACCCAUGCCAGGGUAAUUUUUUUUUAUGCAUGUAAUUGAUGUUAGCUUUUCUUUCUUUUUUUUUUUUAAAUAACUUUUUAUUGAUAGAACUCAUGCCAGGGUAAUUUUUUACAACAUUAUCCCUUGCAUUCACUUCUGUUCCAAUUUUUCCCCUCCCUCCCUCCACCCCCUCCCCCAGAUGGCAAGCAAUCCUUUACAUGUUGAAUAGGUUACAGUAUAUCCUGGAUACAAUAUACGUGUGCAGAACCGAACAGUUUUCUUGUUGCAGAGGGAGAAUUGCAUUCAGAAGGUAUAAAUAAUCCGGGAAGAAAAACAAAAAUGCAAGCAGUUUAUAUUCAUCUCCCCGUGUUCUUUCUUUGGGUGUAGCUGCUUCUGCCCAUCUUUGAUCAAUUGAAACUGAAUUAGCUCUCUUUAUCGAAGAGAUCCACUUCCAUCAGAAUACAUCCUCAAACAGUAUCAUAGUUGAGGUAUGUAAUGAUCUCCUGGUUCUGCUCAUUUCACUUAGCAUCAGUUCAUGUAAGUCUCGCCAAUCCUCUCUGUAUUCAUCCUGCUGGUCAUUUCUUACAGAACAAUAAUAUUCCAUAACGUUCAUAUACCACAAUUUACCCAGCCAUUCUCCAAUUGAUGGGCAUCCAUUCAUUUUCCAGCUUCUAGCCACUACAAACAGGGCUGCCAUAAACAUUUUGGCACAUACAGGUCCCAGGGUAAUUUUUUACAGCAUUAUCCCUUGCACUCACUUCUGUUCCGAUUUUUCCCCUCCCUCCCUCCACCCCCUCCCCCAGAUGGCAAGCAGUUCUUUACAUGUUAAAUAGGUUACAGUAUAUCCUAGAUACAAUAUAUGUGUGCAGAACCAAACCCUGUUGCACAGAGAGAAUUGGAUUCAGAAGGUAUAAAUAACCCGGGAAGAAUAACAAAAAUGCAAGCAGUUUAUAUUCAUUUCCCAGUGUUCUUUCUUUGACUUUAGCUGCUUCUGUCCAUCCUUGAUCAAUUGAAACUGAAUUAGCUCUCUUUAUCGAAGAGAUCCACUUCCAUCAGAAUACAUCCUCAAACAGUAUCGUUGUUGAGGUAUAUAAUGAUCUCCUGGUUCUGCUCAUUUCACUCAUCAUCGGUUCAUGUAAGUCUCUCCAAGCCUCUCUGUAGUCAUCCUGCUGGUCAUUUCUUACAGAACAAUAAUAUUUCAUAACAUUCAUGUACCACAAUUUAUUCAGCUAUUCUCCAAUUGAUGGGCAUCCAUUCAUUUUCCAGCUUCUAGCCACUACAAACAGGGCUGCCAUAAACAUUUUGGCACAUACAGGUCCCAGGGUAAUUUUUUACAGCAUUAUCCCUUGCACUCACUUCUGUUCCGAUUUUUCCCCUCCCUCCCUCCACCCCCUCCCCCAGAUGGCAAGCAGUUCUUUACAUGUUAAAUAGGUUACAGUAUAUCCUAGAUACAAUAUAUGUGUGCAGAACCAAACCCUGUUGCACAGAGAGAAUUGGAUUCAGAAGGUAUAAAUAACCCGGGAAGAAUAACAAAAAUGCAAGCAGUUUAUAUUCAUUUCCCAGUGUUCUUUCUUUGACUAUAGCUGCUUCUGUCCAUCUUGAUCAAUUGAAACUGAAUUAGCUCUCUUUAUCGAAGAGAUCCACUUCCAUCAGAAUACAUCCUCAAACAGUAUCGUUGUUGAGGUAUAUAAUGAUCUCCUGGUUCUGCUCAUUUCACUCAGCAUCGGUUCAUGUAAGUCUCUCCAAGCCUCUCUGUAGUCAUCCUGCUGGUCAUUUCUUACAGAACAAUAAUAUUUCAUAACAUUCAUGUACCACAAUUUAUUCAGCUAUUCUCCAAUUGAUGGGCAUCCAUUCAUUUUCCAGCUUCUAGCCACUACAAACAGGGCUACCACAAACAUUUUGGCACAUACAGGUCCCUUUCCCUUCUUUAGUAUCUCUUUGGGGUAUAAACCCAGUAGAAACACUGCUGGAUCAAAGGGUAUGCACAGUUUGAUAACUUUUUGAGCAUAGUUCCAAAUUUUCUCCAGAAUGGCUGGAUGUGUUCACAAUUCCACCAACAAUGUAUCAGUGUCUCUGUUUUCCCACAUCCCCUCCAAUAUUCCGCAUUAUCUUUCUCUGUCAUUCUAGCCAAUCUGACAGGUGUGUAGUGGUAUCUCAGAGUUGUCUUAAUCUGCAUUUCUCUGAUUAAUAAUGAUUUGGAGCAUAUUUUCAUAUGGCUAUAAAUAGUUUUAAUUUCUUCAUCUGAGAAUUGUCUGUUCAUAUCCUUUGACCACUUAUCAAUUGGUAAAUAACUUUUUAUUGACAGAACCCAUGCCAGGGUAAUUUUUUACAACAUUAUCCCUUGCACUCACUUCUGUUCUGAUUUUUCCCCUGCCUUCCCCCACCCCCUCCCCCAGCUGGCAAGCAAUCCUAUACAUGUUAAAUAGGUUACAGUAUAUCCUGGAUACAAUAUACGUGUGCAGAACCGCACAGUUUUCUUGUUGCACAGGGAGAAUUGGAUUCAGAAGGUAAAAAUAACCCGGGAAGAAAAACAAAAAUGCAAGCAGUUUAUAUUCAUUUCCCAGUGUUCUUUCUUUGGGUGUAGCUGUAAAGCAUUUUUUCUUAAGAGAUGUCUCACCUUUUCUUCUAGUUUUCAUUCUCUCUCUCUCUCUCUCUCUCUCUCCACACACACACACACAUAUAUUUUUUAUUAUUUCUUGGUCUUAUAUAACUUCACUGGCUUCCCCUUGCCUAGUUCUAAUUUUUAAAGAGUCAAAAUUCUGGAUCUCUUUUUGUAGUUGGUUGACUUUCUUUUUGAAAUCUUUUCAUUUUUCUUGGAUUGUCCUUAUUCAUUCAUUUAUUUAAGUUUUUCCUCAAUCUUUCUCAUUUGAUGUUUAAAGUCUUUUUGAGUUCUUCUAUUCUUUUAAUGUUGGUUUUGGGAGGCUUUUUUUUUUUUUUUUUUUACUUCAGUAUCCUCUGCAGAAGAUGAACUCCAGUCUUCCCUAGUCACAUAGUAAUUUUCUUUGGUUAGGUUCUUUCUUUUUUGCUUGCUCUUUAAAAAAAAAUUGUAGGAGAUUGUUGGUGUAAUCACCUUGAGUCCUGUGGUAAGAGUGAUCAUGCCUCUGGUCUCAGGUCCUCCUUCAGUUCUCCCCUCUGAUCUGCAACCCAAAACCAAGAGCAAGACUUGUGUUGGUUCUUCCUCAUCCUGGGCCUCAGCAGCACAGCUGAGUCUGGCAUUCCUUAUCAUUAAAAGUUCCCUCAAUCUUUCUAGACUCAGACACUGAUUCCUCACACUGCCUGGGAAGUUAAAAUUCUUUUGGUUGGCAGAGCAACCUAGCUAACCCCAGGCUCAAAGUUUGUUGUUUCAAGGGAAUUAGCCUGGAAGUGUUUAUACUUCAGAGGUGCAAGACCACAAUCCUACUAUCUUUGAUCUCUGAUUAUCCCAGGAGAACCAAUGUUCUGCUCCAAAUCUUAUUUGUUUUUACUGCUCCAUAUUUGUUGGAAGCACAAUUUUGUCUUGUUUGUGGGAGUGAUCUGGAGAGCUUGGAAUUUUCUGACCUACUCCACUGUCUUCCCAGAAUUCUCUCUCUAGAGCAUUUUUUCAUGUAAAAAGUUUUGAUUUCUUCUUCUGAAAAUUGCUUGUUCAGAUCCUUUGGUCUAAACAUUCAAUUUAUUAAUUGGGGAAUGAUUUAUAUAUUUAUAAAUUUAACUCCAGUUCUCUAUAUAUUUGAAAAAUGAGGUCUUUAUCAGAGCAACUUGCUGUAACUCCUCCCUUCUGCUUCCCUUCUAUUCAUGGUUGCAUUGGUUUUGUUUGCGCAAUCUUUUAAAUUAAAUAUAAUCUAAAUUAUCCAUCUUACAACUUGUGUUGCUUUCUAUCUCUGGCAAAAAUUUUAUUUUGGUCAUAAAAUCUUCCCUUAUAUCUAUAGCUCUGACAGAUAAAAUAGUCCAUGCUAUUUUAUAGCUGCAACAAGUCUUUGAGAAGGAUGCUAUCAUUUUCAUUUUACAGAUGAGAAAACCGAGGAAGACAAAAGGGACUGCUUCAAUUGGAAAUGAUUUAACCAAGGGUUUUGUUAUAGCCAAAAUACAUUUAUACAGUGUAUACUAUGUGCCAGGCACUGUGCUAAGCACUGUGGAUACAAAUACACAUAAGAGAAAGACAAUUCCUUUUCUCAAGGAGCUUACAAUCUAAUGGGGAAGACUGCCCACAACAGGAAGCUGAAAAAUUGCAGUGGCAGAGGAAGGGGAUGUGGGAAGGUAUUCUACAUGAUGGCACUUGUUGGAGAUAUCCAAAGAAACACAAAAAUAGCAGAGCUGGUGGGAGAUGAGAAUACUGGGUUGUCCUCUCCUUAAAUCCCCUGGAGAAGAGUCAAUCUUGUGGGAUAAUGAGAUUUCUCAGAUCCCACGACUGUUUUCUAAAGCGGGAUUUAUAACUCAGAUCUUCCUGACUCCAAGUCCAGUGCUCUAUCCACUGUGCCAGCUAGCUGCCUUCAUAAAGGACCGAUCUGUGCAUAUAAGUGUAGGAGUUUAGUCUGAAGGAUCAUGAAAUUUUCUUUUAACAAUAGUACAGUUGAUGAAAAAUGCGAUCCACUUUCAGAGAAAGCUGAUGAACGCUCAGUGCAGAUUUAACCCGUUCUUAUUUUUCUUGUGUGUGGUGGUUGUUUUUGCAACAUGGCUAACAUGGAAACUUGUCUUGCGUGAUUUUACAUGUGUAAUUGACAUCAUAUUGCUUGCUUGCCUUUUCAAGGGUGAGGGGAAAGAAAACUUGGAAAUCAAAAUGUUAAAAAGAAAGUUAAAAUGUUUUUACAUGAAAGGGAGAAAUAAAGAAAUAAAUAAAAAGUUUAUUUUCUUCUAAUUGUACUUAUUCUUUCAGAGACUGAUUUGUGUACUCCCAUUUAAUGAUGAUUUCUGGUUCCUCCGGUAUUGGGUUGGCUAGCCUCUGGUCCUCUGGAUCUCUGGAUCUUCCUCAUGAGGUCCACAGAGGAAUUGAUCUAGAACCAGUCAGGGACACACCAAAGUACUCAGAAGAUGAGUAAGGGUAGAGCAAGGACCCCAAACUAAAGCUCCCACCAAGUCCAACACGCCCCCCAAGCUAAAGACUGAUUGGUUCAUUCUGCCCGCCUCUUUAGCGCCAGUCUCUCCUUCUGAUUGGUCACAUUGCUCCAAUUUAUAGGCUGUAACCCUACCGUACCCUGAUUGGUCAGGUCCGUACCUGUGUUUGCAAAGGAUUGAACCCCUUUGGGGGAAGCUCAAAGGCUCCAUGAGCCCCACUCUCUGAUUCGUCGCUCUGGCUAGGCCGAUGGCCUGCGCGCCGAUGGGCUGCGACAAUACCUGUAGCGACUGACGAUUGGGUGCGAGAAGUCUUCCAAGCGUGAUAGGUCAGGACCAUCUCCCCUCUUUUUCCUGAUUGGCUAAUCGGCAAAGCCCGGUCUCCGGGUAAGAUGGCAGCGGACGGACAGUGCUCGCUCCCCGCUUCAUGGCGGCCGGUGACCCUCACCCACGUCGAAUAUCCCGCAGGUGAUCUUUCAGGCCACCUCCUUGCCUACUUGAGCCUCAGCCCCAUCUUCGUUAUUGUUGGUUUUGUGACACUCAUCAUAUUCAAGCGGGAGCUUCACACUAUUUCUUUCCUGGGGGGUCUGGCACUCAACGAGGGGGUCAACUGGCUAAUAAAGAACAUUAUCCGGGAGCCCCGGCCCUGUGGAGAUACCCACUCCAUGGUGAACACCAAAUAUGGGAUGCCUUCCAGCCAUUCCCAAUUUAUGUGGUUCUUCUCAGUGUACUCCUUCCUUUUUCUUUAUUUAAGAAUGCAUCAAACAAACAACGCCAGAUUCUUGGACUUGUUAUGGAGACACGUGCUCUCUCUGGGCCUCGUGACAGUAGCCUUUCUCGUCUCAUAUAGUAGAGUGUACUUGUUGUACCACACCUGGAGCCAGGUUCUCUAUGGAGGGGUUGCAGGAAGCGUCAUGGCUGUCGCAUGGUUUGCCUUCACCCAGGAGAUCCUCACUCCACUGUUCCCCAGGAUAGCUGCCUGGCCCAUAUCUGAGUUCUUCUUAAUCCGAGACACAAGCCUCAUCCCCAAUGUGCUGUGGUUUGAGUAUACAGUCACCAGAGCAGAGGCCAGAAACAGACAGCGAAAGCUGGGUACAAAGCUACAGUGAGAGUGCUUGGGCAUGGCUGGGCCAGCCCCACAGAUCUGACUGAUAGGAUGCCGCCACGGAGACCUCGACAGACCCAAGUCACCACGUGGAGCCUUUUUCUUUCUUUCUUUCUUCUUUUUUAAAAAAAUCAACAAGACGGACCAAAGGCCAGACUAGGGCCUUCAGCAGGAGUCCAGAGGCCUGGGCGUUGGCUUGGGAAGUUCGCUAGGCAUCCCCACUGCCCAUGGGACCAGGAUGCAACUGGACCUUGCCCAUAUCACCACUGCACACUGAGAGACAGAAUGUACCAUGACAUCCAAGGCCAGAGAAAGGGACUAAGGAUGGGAUGAUAGGGGAGAGAGAAGAACCUUUCAUCUGAGAACUUGAGACAGGGUAGGUAGAGAAAAGUCUAACAGCCAAGUAUUUGUGUGGAGUUUAGGUGGUAUGAAAUAUACAUGCUAUUUAUUUUUUUUCCUAAGGUUAAUUUGAUUUUUUUUGAGGUGGGAGCUGGGGCUAGGAUAAGGUCUUUAUGAAGAGGAAUCCAUGGAGUAGGGUUGGUUUGUCAGUGGUGCAGGGGGAGUCCAAACCAUUUGGAUGAUUUCACUUCUAUCUAUCUGCACUUUGUAAGGAAGAAACAAAACUUGAUGGACAUUUUAUUUUGAGUUCCAGAAAGCAACCUACCUCUCCUCUCAGGGUGGUUGUAAAACGUUGGGGCUUAAGGCAGAGCACUUGGGGAAAUCAGCUCUUUCUUUGAUUCCCAUCUCCUCUCUGUCGAUAACAGCCUAGUUUGGUGGAUGCUGUUUCUGAGUAUUGUUCCCUGUAACACAGCUAUUUUCAUAUCUGGGAGAGUGAUAGCUCAGAGAAACAGUGCUUCUUCAUUGGUCUGGUGAUGACAUUUCUUUUCAACAGUAAUCUCAUUCAAGGGCCUUCUCUGAUCCUUGUCCAUGCAAUGGGUUGUACCUUCUAUGAUGAAAGGACUUUUUAAAAAAAUGCUAUUUACAUUGUAGAUGGGGAAACCUGAGCUGUUUUACAGAUUUCCUUUUGUCUUGCCAUCAGGUAGCAAUUGCUGUUCGGUUCCUUUCAUCUCCUCCCACUUCCAGUAUCCCAACCACCUCAGAAUCCCCCCACCCCCAAAAAAAACCAAAGGGAAGGACCGGAGCCGGCCUGGGUGAAUGACUGCCUUCCCUGCUGGGCUCAAUGCUUGUCUUUCCUUGAGAUUGACUCCAAAGAAGCUAGGCCUCAGCUCUCUCACAGGCAGAUACCACAGACUGGAGAUGUGCUAGCUGGCAAUGCCUUUGGUCAGACAGGCCUCGGGAGGGACAAAAGAACUGGGAUGUCUUGGGGAAGUCAUCAUAAGGGUUAUUUUAUUUGUACUUGGGUCUGUUUUAAAGUUGUUUUUAAAAGAAAUCAUGGAGGGGAAGAUGUGUCUGAAGCCCAGGGAAUAUCUAGAAUUGAACUGGAUGAUUUGGGACAUAUCCAAAUCAUUGGAAAAGAAAAAACUGGUUUCCUGAGCUGCUGCUGCUGCUGCUGCUGCUGGAGCACGCCUCGGUGGUGCUUUUCUUUUCUUUCCUUUUGCAGAGACAGUAUCCACAAGCCAUUCCAGAUGUCAGGAAAAUGGGCUUAUUUCCAGGGAAUUUAGGUCAGCCCCCACAUUCCCUUCUCUUUCCCAUUUUACUUUUUGGCCAGAGAUAAGCCAGAUGUCCGGUGGUUUGGAUUAAGACAAUAAAUACAAUUGUUUACUAUUGUUUUAAAAUAAAAUAUGGAAAACAA